AUGUACGGAAGCUCGAGUGACAACACCGUGAUCGUCAGGGUUUCGGUGCUGAGCCUCGGAUUUCUGGAAGACGUUGUCUGUGCCACCUAUUUUGCUGCUGCACUGUGGCUCUUCGAUACUGUCCGACGCUUGUUGACCAAGCACCCUUGGACAGCUCCAGUAAUGGCAAGUCGACGUGCUGGAGUCAUGACAACAUUCGUGGUCUCGUGGCUAUUGUGUAUCGUCACCAUAGCUCCACCUGUCGCGGACCUGCUGCUCGUCGUGUGUCGCCACAUGAGGUUCUCGUUUGGCUUGUCAGCGACUUUGAUUCGUGAGCGACAUAAUCUUAAAGAUGCUCCAAUUACUACGCGAGAAGUCUACGCAGCGUACGGGACUGCGGGAUUUCUCAUCGUUGUUGCUACGAUUUUUGCACUUGUGCGUUCGUCGAAUAGUUGGGCUGAUCUAGCUAUAUGGAGUCCAACGCAUCUUGUGCGAGUCCCUGUGUGCUUUUUAGAGUCGAUGGGCAAUGUAAAGGCCUCAGCAGAGAAAGCGGCAGGAGGCGUGAAGUAUGAAGCGGUGGGUUUGGAGGAAGGAAGUACGGAUGGACCUGCUGUCGCUGAGACUAUCGACACAGGAUCACCAUCGAGUGACAAGGAGAUGCAACGACGGUCCAAGUAUCACCGUGUUUUGCAAGCGUCUGCCGUUGUAGGGGGGCUCGUGGUCCUGACAUUGAUGGUGAUGGCACUUUGUAGUUCGUGCUCUUCUCUGAUCGCGUAUGCAGCGAUCAACACGACUCUGAACGAGAUGUUUGUUCACGCAUUCCAACCUUCCCUCACAUAUGUGGAGCCUGCAAAUGUGGAUGGAAACCACUCGUGGACCGAGAAAUACAUACAUGCUUCGGAGUUGCAUGAGCUUUUUGGAAACAACACGCUGUACCGACGCACCUCAGGCUUCGAAGGGGACCUCGUGUUCAACGUCAGUGCCGACCCCGCCAACCCGCCAAAUGUGCUGAUCAUCAGCGUCGAGUCGUUUCGGUUCCGCGAUUCGCGCUACCUGGUGGGAGAAGAGGACCCGUCGGAUUUGUUCCGAGGCACCAACAUGACGAUAACUCCGAACUUUGACAAAUGGGCAAGACGCGGUGUGGCUCUACGCAAUUUUUGGUCGAGUUAUCCCACUAGUCGCUCCUUGGAGAGCAUACUGUUUGCCCAAGUUCCUUACCAAAGCACUGUGAAGACUGCCGUCAGUGGAGGAAGGUUGACAACAACGCUUUCGGGUGUGCCGCAGCUAUUUGCCGAGAAAGGAUACGAGACAUUCUUCACCACAGGAUCUUCCAUCACCCUGGAUAAUUGGUACACCUUUCUUCCGAGUCAUGGCUUUGACACCGUGUGGAACGUCACUGACAUGAAAGUGCAGGCGGAAAAGAAGCUCGGUAUUCGUCGUGGUCACUGGUACGGUGAGGAACAUCGAGCCUUCAAUUGGGGUGUGCAUGACGACCUGAGUUUUCAACUCCUGGGAGACUUGCUUGUUCAGAAGCAUAGAGAACAGAGAGAGAAAACAGCAGGAGGAAAGCCAAAGAAGCCUUUGUUUUUGACGCACUACACUAUCUCGAGUCACGAACCGUACAAGUCGUGGCCGAAAUGGUAUGAAGAUACCGACAAGCCCGAUUUUACCGAGUUGUACAAAGGAGAGAAGAACGCUGAUAUAAUCGAGAGGUACAUGAAGGUGAGGUACUUCACCGAUGUGGAAUUGGGAAUAUUCAUGGAGCGCAUGGAGAUGGAAGGUGUACUGAACGACACUAUUGUAGUCAUCCUGGGGGACCACGGUCAGGCGCCUGAGAAUGACUUUGGUAAUAUAAUGGAAGAGUCGAUAACGCGUGUGCCAGCUGCUAUCAUUGCCGAAGGUAGACUUGGUGAUGCUGUGGGGACUGUGAUCGAAGAUGCUGCAGAGCAUUACGACAUUCUCAACACGCUUGCCGACAUCACAGGAUUACCAGAAGGAGGAUUGGAGCAAACUGGCGUCGGGCGUUCCCUAAAACGCAAGACUCCUUACGGCGAACGCGCGGUGUAUAGCAACGACCCUUUGCGCAAGAUGGCGAUAGUACGUGGUCAUCAGCGUCUCCGAUACGACGAAUCCGGCGAGAUGAUGAUGCUGCACGACACUGAAAAUGACUACUACAUGACCACGGAUUUGCUGCCCGGACUGACUUCUGAGGAGCUGGAUGAAUGGAGAACUUUGCGAGACGACGGUCGUCGCAUUGCUGCUUACUACAAAAAGCGAUGGGACGAGAACUGUUUGCUUGCGGUCGAUUGUGAAUCAUGA